AAAAUCAAUAGAUAAUGAUGAUGACGGACUCUGGAUACCUCUUCCCUUAGUUUUCUGUAAAUAGUUCUAAACAGUAUAUAAUAUUUCCAUAAACAAAAUCCCAAAAACAUAUUAUAUUAUGUCAUUUUGACGUAGUAGACCAAACCUGACUUUGUAAAGUUUUGCGUGAUGUGAUUGUGAGAUUUUAUAUAGAUACAAAAAUGUUGAGUGCCAUUGAUUAAUAUAAUUAUAUUUUGUGAUAUGAGUUUUUUGUAUAGAAAGAGCUGAAUUUUGUUAAAAUUGACUAGCAUUGUGAUUCUUUGCCUAAUUGGUUUUUGAUAUACCUAUCACUGAUUAUUUUUAAUAUAUUUGAAGAUGACUCCGCCCAAAGAUAACACACAGGACCAAGAUCAUCAAAAGAAACGAACACAAGAAAGAUCUGGAGCUGAUCCUGAAUCAGAUUCUCAAGCAGCGGGCCCUUCUGGAAGAACAACCCCUAGAUCAGGAACGACGAAUGCACCCACAACUUCAUCAGCUGCACCGUCAAACGAAACGCCAGGUCAGCCACCUGACCGUCAAACUUCAACCACAACCCUCACUAGAGUCACGCCAAGAUCACCAGAUAACCGAUCAAUAGCCAGUGCACCUCUACUAGACCCUGGACCCGCAAGAGACGUCGCUUCAGUAGCUGGAUCCUCAGUCUACAGUACUGAACUAGCAGCAUACAGUGGCCUCCCCAGGAAUUCUGAUCCGUCUGGAUUUCCAAGCAGACAAACAGGUGCAUCAAGAUACAUAUCAACGGUCCAAAAUACUCGUACAUCGUCUUUUUCACAUCGAAGUAUUAGUCAAUUAGAAUAUGUACAGAGAAGACAAGAAGAUUUAAGCAGGGGACGUAUUCAGUUGGACGAGGGUAGAAACCGGUCGCCUAGCUUGUAUACUUUGGAUAGAGAAUUGAGGAAUUACAUAAAAGACCGAGAGAGCACCUCGUAUCAGCACUAUCCUGGUACUGAAAGAGCUGUUUUCGAUUAUGUCUCCAUGGAAAGGACCGACAUGUACAGUACUAAUCUAAUUGAGUCAACUGCUCAUUUGAUCAAGGGCAGUGUCGGUGCGGGAGUGUUGACGAUGCACGAAGCAUACAUGAUUGGGGGAAUGUGGACUUCAGUGGCUGCUACGAUAUUCUUCGGACUACUGAUAGCAUACACCAUGUAUAUGUUAAUAAGAUCAGCACAAAAAAUGUAUGGUAGGUUAAGGAUAUCGAAACUGUCGUACCCUGAUUUGGCUGAAGCUGCUGCAGCGACUGCCCCCUGGGCUGGUGUCAGGAAAUACAGCAAAUUAUUUAGGUAUGUAGUCGACUGCACAAUAUUUCUGGAAAUGUGUGGAACUUGUUGUAUUUACCAACUCAUUAUUGCGUUCACAUUAAAACAGAUGACUGAAGGUUUCCUCAAUUCAUUUGAUACUGCUAUAUCGUCCGAGCUGCUGGCUGAUCUACGAUUUUACAUAAUGAUGAGUGCCCCACUCUUAAUUCCUUUGUGUCUCAUCAGGAGUAUUAAGUUUUUGGCACCGUUUUCUAUGUUAGCGGAUAUUUUUGUUGCAAUUUGUGUAAUGACUACGUUGUACUACAGUCUAAUAUCAUAUACUGACGAUAUCACUGACAGGCCAGCCUGGAAAGAUCUCCUCGGUUUUGUGAAAAUGUGUGCUAUAAGCUUUUACAGUACCUCCGGCAUAUGUGUUGCCCUGCCUGUUGAGAAUCACAUGAGGAGACCACGGCAAUUUACUCAUGCACUAAAAUAUGCAACGGUAAUAGUGAUACUUUUAACGGUUUUCACUGGAGUGUUCGGCUACUGGGCUUGGGGCGAAGAAUGUAAGAGUCCAAUCACAGUGCACAUGCCACUGGAUACAUUCACGACAACACUUCAAUCCCUUCUUGUGUUAAUGCUGAGCACUACAUUUGCUGUACAAUUUUGGGUGCCCUUUAGAAUAGUUUGGCACUAUAUCAUGAAGAAUUACAAAAGAAAACAAGCCAUAUGGGAAAGAUUUUACCGUCUAGUGAUGGCUAUCGUAGUGACGUUUAUUUCCAUGGUAUUUCCUUAUCUGAUUCCAGUUGUGGUUUUCUGCGGACAAUUCUGUUUGGGUUUCAUUGGACUAGUGUUCCCAGCGUUUAUAGAACUCUUGGUGGAUUGGGAAGAACAGCUUUAUUCUAAAAAAGCCAAAGACAUUUUUGUUAAAAAAACCAAGAACAUUGGUCUCGUUCUAUUAGGCUUAACACUCAGUUUAUCUUCUGUUUAUUUUGCAUCCACUUAAGAUAUCUAAAUGAAGCAAGUGUGAAACUUUUGGAGAGAUUUUGUUACGACAUUUAGCUGUUUUUUUUUUAGUCCAAAACAGCCUAAUAUACAUUACCCUUAGUACGAGUUUCCUUUACGCGAGCGAGAGCGCGUUCCACAGUGUUUUAGAAACCCUUGGGGGAGGACAUUUUUAGCUAAUAGCGUAUAUCGAUGUAGUUAGUCCUAAUAACAGAAAUUGCAAAAGAAACCCCAUGUCAAUUAUUUUUAGUUUUCGAGAAAAAAAAAUACUAAAGUUGCUAAUUCGGAGUGUGGUUUAAAUAGGAUUUUUUUCUUUUAUCUUUAAAAUAAAGAGCAAAAUUUGAUAUCCGGAUUUUAUCACAUAUAUUUAUGUGUUAUUCAAGAUUUACAACAGGUAUGAAUUGUAACUAGGUACAAACAUAUUUGCAAAAAAACCAAUUUUAGUUUCUAUUUUUUAUUUUCUUAUUGACAUAGUUUCCGCACGAAAUCUUCAUGGUAAAUGAUAGUUAGCCUUUUGUACUAUGUACUUAAAAAAAAAUAGCCACAUAAUCCGUGGUAUUAAAAAUAAUUGCCAUGUCAAUUAUUUUUAGUUUGGGUUUCUUUUGCAAUUUGUGUUAUUAGGACUAACUACGUCGAUAUACGCUAUUAGCUAAAAAUGUCCUCCCCAAGGGUUUCUAAAUCACUGUGCGUUCGGACCUCUGAUUGGUUGGUUCAUUCGGGCCGGCCAAUCAGAGCGCCAAACGCGCGCUAGUUUCGUUCAACGUAAAACAAACUAGUACUAAGCCCCAUGUUCAUGUACAUAGAAUUUAUUAAUUUUUUAUGUAUUUGUAUUUAAUCUAUGUAAAUAAUAAUGUAUUUUUUGCUUAAUUAAAUGUUUAUUUGAAUUA